GGCUUUGUUUUUUUGCUUAGGUUAGGUCAAUACCUAGGUCCCGGUUUAGUGUAUUUUGUCUUUCAAUUUGUCACUAUGCCUGGUUCAGUAAAAGUAAAGCAUUUAUUCGAAGGAGGGGCAAUUUUCGACGUAGAUAUGAACAAAUACCCAAACUCCGAGGAGGAAGAGGGCGAUAUGUCGAUCAAAGAAAUUAACGAGGAAAUGCUCAAGUUUAUGAACUUUAACUCCCAAGGCCUCGAUGAGGAUAUCUAUGUUGAAGGGCAGACCUUCGAAUUUGUUUCAAGAAAGAUGAAGAACAUCACUGAUGACGGCGGCGUUAAAAAACGCGUGUUACGAGAAGGACAGGGUGAAACACCCGCCUCCAUGGCUUUGGUGAAAGUCGAUUAUAAUGCGUACAUCGAAUUCGAGCCCACCCCAUUUGACUCGACAUAUGCAAGACGAAAGUCACUCAAGUUUGUGGUAAACAAUGGAGAAGUUCUGUUAGGAUUGGAUCUGGCAGUCCAGUCAAUGAAAGCUGGUGAAAAGUCUCAGUUUUUGUUUUCUCCAACAUAUGCAUAUGGUAAAAUGGGCUGCCUGGGAAGGAUCCCUGCCAAUACUCAAGUUCUCUUUGAAAUAGAAUUAAAAGAAAUAAUAGACUCUGGAGCAGCCCUGAUGUUCCAGGACUUACCUGAGGACAAGAAAAGGUCAUUUGAGGAAAUUUACAAAUAUUGCUCGGCUACAUGUGCCAAGGCAAAGGAUCAUUUUUCUGGAAAUAAUAUAAAUAGUGCAAUAAGAGAGUACAAUGGGGCUCUCCACCAUUUGGAGAAUGCACUUUUGGAUAAUUAUGAAGAACAGGAAAAGCAGAGUGCUAUGCUUUUGAAGUUAUACACAAAUUUAGUGGUCUGUUACACCAAAAUCAAUGAGCCUAGGAAAAGCUGCAUGAACUUCAACAAACUCAAUGCUUUAACAAAGGAAAUGAAUGUAGAUGUUCCAGUGAAAGCAUUGUUCAACAAUGCCAAGAGUUUAAAGCAGCUUGGCGAGUACAAUUUGGCCAGGAAGAGAUUAGAACUAGCCAGAGCAAGAGAUCCAAACAAUGUUGAAAUAUCCAUAGAACUUGUUAACUUAGAUAAAACAAUAAGAGAAGAUUUUGAAAAGGAGAAAGCACUUGCCAAAAAAUUAAUGAGUGGGUCCUAAUUUCUUCAUUUCUUCCUCAAGUCUCAGAAUGUGAUUUGUUUUUACAAUUAUUUAAGACUAAGAAUUAGGAUUAUUUUUUAUUAGAAUAAUCAAUAUUUGUAUUCAAAAUUUGAAUGUUGUUAUUAGAAAACCUUGAUUGGUUUAUGAUAGAUUGUAUAUGUACAUGUAAAUAUAUUUUUAAGUUUAUCCUUAAUUAUAAAUAUUUGUUUAGUUUUUGUUAUAUAUAUCUCAAUUUAAAAUUUUGUACUUGUUUCUUUUAUUGAAAUUUAAUAAACAUUUUUUAAACCUUA